AAACAGGAAGCAAGUAUUAGUGUAAGAACUUGCCAGUCAAAUUUAUGUUGCACGACUGCGUGUCACAUACCAAAACAUUGACGUACUUCAUAACUGUUUCGUGCAAGUUGCAGUGCGUGCAAGGCCACAGGCACGUACUAUCAACAAGGAUCGUCAUCUUUCAUUUCCGAUUGCAAAAGCUCAGUUCAAUGUUGCUGAAAACAGAUGAACUACACUUCGAAACUGACGGAAAGGAGCACAGAACAGUGCGAGCUAAAGUUUCGACUAUGCAGGCACCCAACGAUGCAUUAUGAAACCAUUCAGAGAGGAAUGAAAGGCACCCUGACCGGCCGGCCACACGUUUUUUCUUUCAACCGUUCAAACCCCUGACUGCGCUCACCAUAUGGCGCAAGGUGAUAUCGAAAUAUCUUCCCAAUUCUCUCGUUCUGUCAGAAUAACUGGUGCUGGAUGAGCUGUUUUUCAUGACCUUUAGUAUGUGGCAUUGUAUGGAUAUCAGAUACGGAAGACAACGUGCAAUGGAACGAGAUGGCUGCUGAAUGCACAAUGGCACACGAACUCGGAGUCCAAGUUCAUUAAUUUCAGCGAAUGUGUGAGUGGUAAAAGAGGGAAACUCUGAUUACGUAUCGCACAGAAUACUGCACCAAACAUCUAUUGUCUAGUAAUGUCGUGAGUAUUACUAGUACUUGCUUUCAGAUCUUCUGUGCAUUGUAAGCGCCCACACUGCAGCGCCCACAGCAACGUUCAGAAAAAGCUGAACAUUUGCGUGUACAUGUGUUGCCAUUAACUGAGCGAAUAAAAAGGCAUUUGGGGACAGUAACGGUACCACAUUAAGUUGCUGAAAGGUUGUGAACAUAGCAUCUGCUAUGUCGAAUAUUACGAGUAGUGUCAACACUUCGCUCUUAAACGCUAUUGUAAACAGCACAGCAGACGAUGCGACAACUCCGAAUUUCCCUGCUAUCAGCACAACAAUCGUUUUUAUCCUCAGCGUUUCGGCGAAUAUUCUCGUUCUUUAUUUGUUUUAUCGUAUUAGUAACUUAACUAAAAAGCCUUUUAAUGUUUUUAUGCUCAAUCUGAUUAUAACGGAUUUUAUUUAUUGUGUUUGGGAAAAUGCCUUCGACAUCGGGAUUAACUUUUAUCCCGGCUACUGGAAAACCAGAAAUUCAGCUAUUUGUUCAGUGUACAUCUACAGCAACUACCUUCUACAAGCUGCAACAUGCAACGCGCAUUUGCUUAUUACUCUCAACCGGCUUUGGGCCAUUUUAUUCCCACACUCCUAUAAGACCAACCAAAAGGUCAGCGUUUUUGUUGGAAUCUGUGGAAUAAAGUGGGCAUACCUCCACGUCGUAAUGAUGCCCGGCUUUGUCAAUGACCACCUGUACUAUCGGAAGGAUGUCACCAUUAACGGCUGCUUUAUCAACCUGGAAGCCCAACCCACAUGGAAUGUGACAAUGAUUUUUCUCCUCUUCAUUGUCCCUUUAUGCGUCAUGGUGGUGGCGUUUCCUUUUAUUUUCUACAAGCACCGUGUUCGGCAGAACGAACUGCGUCGUCUCCGUCCAUCACCCAACUCCAAUACAAAUACCGCUACGCUGCAAAAAGCGAUCAGCAAAGCGGCAGUGACUAGUGAGAACAUAACACUAAAGGAACCGCAGACUGCGGAACAAACAGAGGGUAAGGCCAUUGAUACCCGCAAAAGUGAAACUUCAAAAGCCAAUUCCCAGCCAAUAUUGAUACUGACCCUGCUGACGCUGAGUGCCACAAUCUGCUGGACGCCCAACUUCAUUGUGUACACUUAUUAUACAUUCGUUCCUUUUCCAGAUGAUCUGACGAUUUUUAGUGUGGUGACCUUUUUGUACAGCAUACAGCUGCUCAUGGAUCCCAUCCUAUUUAUUGUUGCUUUGAAUGACCUGAGAGCUGCAUUUUUUCAAUUAUUUACAACAAAAGGCUUCAUACUAAAAUAA